AUGAAUCUACUAAAUUUGAUCUUAUUGACCCCGGCAAUCGACUGUUAUAAAAUACUGGUUUACUCGAACCUCGCCGGCCACAGUCAUGUCAAGUUCAUGGGCGCCGUGGCCGACCUUCUCACCGAUUCUGGUCAUGACGUUGUCAGUUUUGUUGAAAGUUUAAAGCUUGAAAUGAAUUUUUGAAUCCGCGUACUGUAGAGUUCUGCCCCCAAAAAGUUCUGAAUUUUUGAGAAAUGUUCAAAAUUUUUUAAACGCCCAGACAGAGAAGGAAAAGUGUGCAAAAUUCGCUUACCGUAAUUCGAAAAUCACUAGGGCUUGAUUUCGUUACCAAGUUAUUUUCAUUCUGCCGAAAAAUGACUCUCGCAGCAAGGUUGCUCUAUGGAUAAACGGAUUGUCACUCGGACCUUCACGGACAAUGGUGAAACGAACCGAACGCGCUCCGGACUUUUCUGAGAAACUUUAGGAAUAAUUUUAGAGUGCUUACGGUACUAAAAUGGUCACUAGGGCAUUGGGCAUUUCUAGUGACCCCUUAAGUAGCGUCAACACUCUUAAGUGAUUCCUAGAAUCGCCCAGAAACGUCCGGAGCACGUCUGUUUCGCGUUACCAAUGUUCAUGUUGGUAAAGAAACCCGUUUUUCUUUUUAUUCUAGGGUUCACUUGAGUGCUGACGCUACUAAAGGGGUCACUAGAAAUAGCUAAAGGCGCUCGGUUCACGUUACCAAGGCCUAAGUUGUUCCUGAUUCAAAUUUACGGAAUUUUCUGGUGAGAAGUAGAUUACGGUAAGAUAAUGCAGUGCAUAUCAUUCGCUGCUUGGGGGCAAAGUUGGGGUUUUAGCUGGAAUAUUAUAGACUUUUUUGUAAAUUUUUGAUCUAAGACAUGUCUUCACUAUCUCAAAAAUCAACUGAACUGGUCAUAAGCCUUUUCAUCUUCCUAUAAUUCAAAAAAUAUUCUACUCCAGACCGUCCUGAUGCCGUUGAUGAACAUGAAAGAGUUACCCAAGACAGGCCUGAAGACGACCAAGAAAGUAGUUUUCCAGAAUAUAUAUUUUAUUUGUGAUGAAGCUUAGGUGAUUUAUGUGGAAACGGAAGAUCGGAUCAAGGAAAAAGCGAAGAAAGGAAAUGACAAGUUCAAGGAUUUGUGGACGUCGGACAUUGAUAAUCCGUUCGCUCAGCUUGAAGUGAGUUUUUUUUUUAAUUUUCCUUGAUUUUUAUUUCAGUUACUCCAACCUAUGGCUGAUUCCUACGCAUUCCAGUGCGAAAGUCAGAUUCUAUCUUUCACAAAUCAUCAAAAAUUAUCGAUUUUUCAGAAGUUACAAACGAUACCAAGCUCCUCGGACAAUUGAAAGCCGAAAAGUUCGACUUGGGCGUCGCAGAGCCGUUCCACCAAUGUCCUUAUGGUAGUUAUUGGAUCUUAAACUUUUUGAAACGGGAAAAUUUAGCUUUAUUCGAGCUAAUCGAUAUUCCCGCUCACGUCAGUGCCCUCUCCUGUGUCUACAUGGACCACGUUUCCGUGGCUAUCGGACAGCCCCAAGCUCCAAGUUACGUUCCAGGUGGGUUAAUUUUCCGCAGGUGUAAUAGUAUGGCUGUGUCUACCUGAAGAGAAAUGAAUAUGGCUCAAGCUCCUCGAAAGGUGUUGGGAAGCUUCUUCUUUCUGUUUCUUGGAAGGCGUUUGGAAAGUUUCGAAAAGCUUCUUCCUGACAGAAUUCUAAGAAGCUUCUCGGAAGUUCGCAGGGGGUUCUGGAAGGCUGUGCGGAAUCCAAAUAACGCCAAACGGCAUCCUGAACAACGCCUAGAGGUCUUCUCACAGGGAAAAGUGUUAAGAGUUUGUUGAGGUGUACUCUAAACUACUCCGAUUCCGACAAAAAGCUUUGUUUUCUCCUUUUUCUAUUUAGUCCAGUUGAAAAAAGACAGUACCCUAGUGAGGCUUUUUCAAGCUUCAGCAGUGCUUAAUUAUCGCUGGGAAGGUCCUAGAAGAUUUGCUAAAAAAUACAGAAAACUCGGAUUUUUUUUUCCGUGUGAUUCAAAUCCAAGACAUCGUCAAAACGAAUUUUUUCAGGGACCCAGUCCACCUUCAGUGACAAGAUGUCUUUCAAAGAGCGUUUUCUGAACCUUAUUCACAUUUUAUUCGGAAACUACAUGUACAGUUACGUUGGUGAUUCGGAAUUUGACGCAGUGAGGAAAUCUCAUCCACACAUUCGCCAAUGGAGAGUGAGAAUCUGAAUCCAAAAACAAGAUUUAAAAAAAAAAAUCAAGGAAAUUCUGGCCGAAACAUCGUUCCUUCUAACCAGCGCGAUUCCUCUUUUGGAUUUUCCGGCUCCAACCAUUUCCAAAAUCAUUCCCGUUGGCGGUUUGACGGUUAACACUAAAAAGAAGGACGUUGUACUCUCCGAGGUGUACUUCAAUCGAGUGGAGAGCGAGAAAUACCGAUUUUAGGAGUGGGACAAGGUGCUUGGAAAAAGAAAGCGCAAUGUUUUGAUUUCUUUUGGCUCCAAUAUCCGGUCAGAGUCCAUGCCUCUACAGUACAGGUAUUCAAGGCUCGUAGUUCGAAUCACGAAAAACAUUCAGAGAACAGUUUGUAAAAGUGUUCGCCUCGAUGCCGGACACGACCUUCAUCUGGAAGUACGAGGAGGAAAACGCGACUUUCGCUGAUCAUCUACCAAAUGUUCACCUGGGAACUUGGCUUCCUCAGAACGAGCUUUUGGGUGAGAAGACUAUUAAGGCCCGUUAAAGGUAAAACUCCAGCCGACAAGCGCCUUUCGCUUUUCGUGACCCACGGAGGCCUGGCCAGCACUACAGAGCUGGCGGUUCUUGGAAAGCCGGCGAUUAUGGUGAGCCUUAUUUGGAACUCUAACAAAAAAGACAUUCUCUGAAGAUUCCAAUGUUCGCCGACCAAAGCCGCAACGCCCAGAUGCUGUCGAGACAUGGCGGCGUCGUCGUCCUCCACAAAUCGGACCUUGGAAAUUCGGAAACAGUAGAAUCGGCCAUUCGUCGAGUUCUUAAUGAUCCCAGGUGGGUUCUAGAGAAUCCAAGGGAUUUCCAUUGAUUUCUGAAGCAUUCUGAUUCAAGAAGAAUUUUUUUUUUUCAGCUACCAGAAAAACGCCGAAAGACUGGCAGAAAUGCUGAAAGAGCAGCCGACAAAUCCACGAGAAGUCGCUUUGAAACACAUCGAAUUUGCAGCCAAGUCAGUUUUUUUUUUUUGAUACGGUUGAAGCUGAACUCUUCUGGUUUUCAAAACUACUUAGUUUCUGUGAGAAAUUUGAAGAUUAUCACUUUUCCAGGUUCGGAAAGCUUCCAACGAUGGAUCCAUACGGCCGGCAACUACUCUCUAUUCAAUAUUAUCUUCUCGAUAUUGCCUUCCUCUUGUUUUUCGCUUUUCUGGUUACUGUAUUUGUUUUUCACUUUUCAUUGAAGUUCUUGUUUUCCACUUGUGGUGGGAAUAGGAAGAAAUCAAAAGAUGAAUGAAAUUUUUCGGGGUAAUUUGAAAAAGCGUGAGAAACGAUUUCGACAUCGUUUUUGUUUUGAAGAAGAAUUUGGGAGUCUAAGAACAUUACAAGACGAGGAAAUUGGAAAAGGGACUUUUGUGAAAAAAUAAAAAUUUUUGGAAUAAUGAGCUGGAAAAACUGGAACGAUAGGGUCAAAGUGUAUGAAAAGACAGUUUUCAAAAAUUUUGUUGGAAAAAGUUCGAUAAUAUUUUCAAAAAAUCCUUUUCGUGAAAAAAUUCAAUACAGAUACAAGUGAGCAUUCCAUCAAAAUGGAAAUUUGUCUUGAACGAAAAAAAAAACUGUCAAUAUUAAUUCCACUGAUUUUUCUCCGAUUAUCAUUCGAUAUAAAACUGAAGAUAAGACCGCACAACUUGAACUACAAACUACAUCGGUCAAAGCAGAUAAAAAGGCAUUUUUUUUUGAUAUUGUCCUGUUUUUUAGCUUCUCGCACCGGUUCCGUGGGAAACUAUCUUCUUCUUCUUCCUACGCCUUUAUACCGUUUGAGCAGUGUCGGCGCCCCAAGUCGAUAAGCCGAGGUCCUAUCCUGACAUGUGAUAAUCAGUGGACUGGCUCCAGUGACGUCGGCUGGGGAUUAUGAAGUCGUGGUUUCACACUACCAAUAUUUCUUAAACCCCUUGUUUGCGUCGAGGCGGGGAUCGAACUUGUGACCCUGUGGACCGUAGACAGGCCCACAACCUGUUGCGCUACGGCGCGCUCCUUCCGUGGGAAACUAUAUCGUAUUUUAAAUUCAAUUCAUGUUUUGGAGGGCUUUCGAAAAUAUUUUCAUUCCAAAUAACCUUCUCGAAUCGCCUAAUUUUGUUUUCGCCUUCCUUGUUAUUCACCUUUCCUCGAAGUUAUUGUUUUUCACUUGGAUCAAGUCGAUAAUCGAAUUGUUAUUCGAGAAAUCCUCCAAAAUAAAAUUCCGUGUCGAGGGGUCAAUGUUUUCUGUGGUAUAUGAGCUCUAACCGUAAAAAGGCGAUAAUACGGCUCUGCAAAAUGAUAACAAGGCCAUGAUAAAAGAUAAGGACGGGAGUAUUAUUACAAAUUCACUUCAUUUCCUUACUUUUCUCACGUUUGUCAAGCUUUUUUCUACAAAAAUAAACUUUCAGAAAAAAUGAAAUUAUUCACGUUGAUCAGCUUGAUAGCUGUCGUUAUCUACCAGGUAGAUUGCUACAAAAUCCUGGUCUACUCCAACCUUUUCGGGCACAGUCAUGUCAAGUUUAUGGGUACCUUGGCCGAUCUUCUGACGGAUGCUGGACAUGACGUUGUUAGUUUCAAAUUCAAUCCCAGAAAUCUACUGGUUUUAUGAGAAAUAAUAAUCUAGAGUGUUUUAUAAAGCACUGGAGGCGUAAAAUUGUCUGAAACUUAUUUUGGCCUUGCUUGGUACAUAAAUCUUCUGUGACUGAACUAUAUUUGAUAUAAAAUUGUUUUAUGAUGAUUUUUGCCUUCAAAACAGCUUGUGAACAAAAAUUUCUGUCAAAAAUGACACCUCGGGAAUCGAACCUAAGACCUCAAGAUCGGCAAACAAAGUGACAACCGCUGCGCCACGAGGGCAGGCGCGUUCUGCUAUGAUAAAUUACACAUAGUCCAUAUUUUCCUCAUCUUUAUGUAUACUUCUUCUUCAGAAAAAAAUUCAAUUAUUUGAAAAAAACAAACUAUGAAAAUGUGAAAGACACCCCAAAAUGGACUUUUCCAUCAUUUCUUCCAAUUUUGAGACCGUCUUGAUGCCGAUGAUGGACAUGACUGAGAAAUCCAGAACAGGAUUAAAGACAACUAAAAAGGUCCUUUUUUCUUUAUUUUCCUCUUUAAAAGAAUGAUUCAGAUAAUCUACGUUGAAACAGAAGAUCGGCUGAAGAACUUGAUGAAGGACAAGAGUACCAAAUUCAAGGAUUUGUGGACGAUGGAGAACAAAAAUCCGUUCUCACUACUCACGGUUAGUUUUUUGAAAAUUCGAAAAGAAAAAAAAAACAUUUUUCAGAUGGUUCAAAGCAUGGCCGACAUGUUCACGUAUCAGUGUGAAAGUGAGGAUUGAAUUUUUAAAAAAAUUUCAAAAUCUCAGUUUAAGGAUCUAGGAAUUUUUGAGAAGGCCUAAUAAAAAUUUCGAAAUAAUUGGGAUUUCCAGGAGUUGUCAACGAUACGGCUUUAUUGGAGCAACUGAAAAACGAGAAAUUCGACUUGGGAGUUGCAGAACCAUUUGAUCAAUGUCCUUAUGGUGACUUUCAAGUAAAAAAAAACCAAAAAGAGACAAUUUUCAGCUUUAUUCGAAUUGAUUGAUAUUCCCGCUCAUGUCAGCGCGAUUUCAUGUGUUGCGAUGGACCACGUUUCCGUGGCUAUCGGACAGCCCCAAGCGCCGAGUUACGUUCCAGGUAGGUUCAUUUCUUUCAGGUAUGAUGGUAGAAGAUGAGUACAGUUUGAAACUAUUCAAAAAAAAAUCCAGUACAUACCGCGACUUGACAGUUUUCGCGUGUCUGCGUCUCUCUGUUCCCUCACCGGCGAGGUCAGAGAAACAGGGAAAUAGCACGUAAACAUGAGAGAGGCGUCGAGAGAUGUGGUGGGCACAGAGAAGUCUCGAAAAAUGGAUUAUAGUCGAAAAUUUUCUUCGAAACUUACCUUUUCUGAUCACAAUAAAAAAAAUCUUAAAAAUUACCAAAAAAAUCUUUUUGGAAGUGACAUAAUAUGCCUAUAACGCUUAAAAAUCAUUUCUGACAAUUCCAAAACUUGAAAAAAGCUGAAAAUGCCCUAUAGACUUGAAAAAAGGUUUCUUCUGAUCUUUUCAAACCUGAGAAAGAAUGUCCGAAUAAAAAUUGAAAAAGGAUGAAUCGAAUAUCGAAAAAUCGAUAGAAAAUGAUAUUUUUUUGGGAUACUGAAGUUCUAAAAUUAAUUAAUAAUUUCUGAAUACGCCAAAAAAUGGAAGAAAAACUAUGAUCCAAAAAAUCUGGACGUCACCUUCUUUUUCCAGGGACCCAGUCAACCUUCAACGAGAACAUGUCGUUGUUCGAGCGAUUCUUGAACACUUUGCAAACGAUGACCGGAGCCUACAUGUUCAACUACGUUGGAGAUUCGACCUACGACUCGAUCCGGAAAAAUUAUCCAGAACUUCGUUCCUGGCGGGUAUUUUCUGAGGCCCAUUUUUGGUGGUUGGUACAAUUUUUGUUAAGGAAAUUCUACCGGAAACGUCUUUUCUUCUGACAAACGCCAUUCCUAUCUUGGAUUUUCCGUCGCCGACCAUUUCCAAAAUCAUUCCAGUUGGUGGCUUGACGGUCAAUACCCUGAAGAAGGACACAAAACUACCCGAGGUCGCCUCAUUUUUAUGAAUGCCUCGAAAUUAAACAUCAAGUUCUACUGUAGAGUAAAUUCACUAGAAAAAACAUUACGACAUUUUUCAAUAAUUUGAAGCUUCCAAAAGAAGAAAUACUACCUGUCCUCAUUAUAAAAACUUAUAGAAAUGGGACAAGGUGCUUGGAGAACGAAAGCGUACCGUUCUCAUAUCUUUUGGAUCCAAUAUCAAGUCUCAAGACAUGCCUGAACCCUACAAGUGAGGACCUUAUCCUGUACCUAUUGACAAAUCGAAAUUCAGAAAAGAGCUUCUGAAAGUGUUCGCCUCGAUGCCGGACACGACCUUCAUCUGGAAGUAUGAGGAGGAAAAGGCGACUUUCGCUGAUCAUCUACCGAAUGUUCACCUGGGAACUUGGCUUCCUCAGAACGAGCUUUUGGGUGAGAAGACUAUUAAGGCCCAUUAAAGGUAAAACUCCAGCCGACAAGCGCCUUUCGCUUUUCGUGACCCACGGAGGCCUGGCCAGCACUACAGAGCUGGCGGUUCUUGGAAAGCCGGCGAUUAUGGUUAGCCUUAUUUGGAACUCCAACAAAAAAGUCAUUUCCUGAAGAUUCCAAUGUUCGCCGACCAAAGCCGCAACGCCCAAAUGCUGUCGAGACAUGGCGGCGUCGUCGUCCUCCACAAAUCGGACCUUGGAAAUUCGGAAACAGUAGAAUCGGCCAUUCGCCGAGUUAUCAAUGAUCCCAGGUGGGUUCUAGAAGGAUCCAAGGCAUUUCCAUUGAUUUCUGAAGCAUUUUGAUCCAAGAAGAGAUAUAAAUUUUCAGCUACCAGAAAAACGCCGAAAGACUGGCCGAAAUGCUGAAAGAGCAGCCGACAAAUCCACGAGAAGUCGCUUUGAAACAUAUCGAAUUUGCAGCCAAGUCAGUUUUUUUCUUGUUGAUAUGGACUUGUUAAUGAAGCUGAACUCUUCUAGUUUCUAAAAAUGCUCAGUUUUUGGAGAAAUGUUAUUAUGAGAAAAGUUAUAGUCUGUGUGCCACGACUUGAAAUUUCACGGAACGAUAUUCCGCUUUUCCGCUGUGCGCCUUUGCGAAGCGUCUUUCGAAUCUAGGUCACGCUUUCAAUUGAUUGUUACUGCUGUGAGAGCACAUUGAAGUAGAGUACCUUAACAAAAGAAAAAAAAAAUUCAAAAAGCGACCAAAGUUCGCAAAGGCGCUCAGCGGCACAGUGGAAUGUCGUUCCGUGAAAUUCCAGGUCGUGGCACACAUACUAUAUGAUGUAAUAUUGUCCUGAGCCUUUUUGGAUUUUUCAAAAUCGUAUAAUGACCAAAUCCAGCCGAGGUCAUUCAGAUGAUGGAAAUGAAGCAAAAAAUCAUCUGGUUUCCAGGUUCGGGAAGCUUCCCACAAUGGAUCCCUACGGCCGAAAACUCAGCUUCAUCCAAUAUUAUCUCCUCGACAUUGCCGCCAUUUUCUUCUCAGCUUUCUCCACCAUUUUAUUCGUUUUCUACCUCUUUUUCAAGUGUCUUUUCUGCAGAUCGACACGAAAGAACAAGUCGAAACAAGAAUAA